AUGACCACGCUAGUGGCCAACUUCACAACACAGAGAAUCCUGAUAGAUAAUGGUUGCUUCGUCGACAUCCUAUUUUGGGAUGUGUUCUCCAAGAUGGACAUUAACCCGAAUUGCUUGCGCCCCACUCCCAUGCGGCUGAAGGGCUUCACGGGAGACUUUAUCCAGCCAUUAGGAGCUAUCACCCUACCACUAUUGGUUGGGAAGGCCUCCAGGUCCGUGGUAGUCAUGACUGACUUCCUGGUGGUGAAAGUCCUAUCGUCAUACAACGAAAUCUUAGGAUGGCCCACUCUGAAUAACUUGAGGGCUGUGAAAUCGAUGUAUCAUCUAAAAAUGAAGUUCCUCACUAGAGUGGGGGUCGGCAAAAUCAAGGGAGAACAGGUGCUAGCUCAGGAAUGUUACGUACAGAAACUAAAGGCCGAAGGUAGUGACGUACGAGAUCUCAACGGAUCGACUCAUGGCGAAAGGCCACCACCCCCGCCCAAGUUAGCGAGCCGAGAUAAGGAGUUUCGAGAUGAACAAGCACUCAAGUAG